AUGAUCCUCAUCCGUGCCUGCGAAUUCCUAGACUUGGGGAUCAUUAAAGCGCAGCCGAAUAUCUUCGACAACGGACCCGUGGACGAUAUCAAUAAUGCGCAGCGAAAUUUCCGUCUGGACGGACGUGGCAAGGACACCGAGUUUUCCUCGCAACCCGCCCGUUUGACAACGUCGAAGAUCUCGCUGGCGGGAAUGACCUGCGCAGCUUGCAGCACGACCAUCUCAAACGCUGUCUCCAAGCUCUCAGGCGUCGAACGGAUCGCCGUCUCCGUUCCCCUAUCCCGCGCGACAGUCGUGCAUCAUCCCUCGCAGACGUCUCUACAAGACAUCCUCUCCACCAUCGAAGACCUAGGCUACGGCGCCACGGCCGGCGAGCGCAGCGCGCAGCAGAAUCUCAAAGUCCUCGAGCAGCGCGAGGAGAUCGAAAGGCUGCGCUCGGCGUUCACAAACGCAGCGGUCGUGGCGUCUGCUGUCUCUGGGCUGGAGACGGUGCUCUGGCUCCACCUCCCCCUCGUAGCAGUGCGGAUGAUCCGGUUAGUGGGGGCGGGUUUAGCGACGUGGACGCAGGUUUCCGAUGCAGGCGUGAUCCACCACGCUGCCUGGCGUAGAGGGUUGCGGGGGAAGCUGACGAUGGACUCGCUGGUCAGUUUGUCGUUGUUGCUCGGCAUGGUGCUUUCGGUGUUUAAUGUUCUGCUGUUCGGGCUGGAAGAGGGGAAGGUGUACUGGUCUUCCCUCUCCCUCCUCACAACAGUAAUCCUAGGCGGUCGGUUACUGGACACGGUGUUGCGGAAGCAGAGCACGCUGACGUUCGCGGGGUUGUAUCGGUUGCAAGAGAAGUCGAUGUUCGUGAAGCUGGUGCGUUCGGCGGCGAGGGAAGUUGAGGGGGAGCAGGUGGUGGAUGCGGCGGCGCUGGUGCCGAGGGAUGAGAUCAAGAUCGGUUCUGGCGUGAUCAUUCCGUGCGAUUGCUAUGUUUUGCGUGGGGAGACGUGGGUUGAUCAGGCGACGAUGACGGGGGAGUCGAGAGCUGUGUUGAAGAAGCCGGGGGAUAGUCUGUUGGCUGGGACGACGAAUCUGUCGUACGAGAUUGUCGCUGUGGUGUCGAAGCCGCAGGAGGAUUCAGCGCUGGAGAGCUUGAUCGCCAGUAUUUCGACGGCAACGGAGAACUCGAGCCCAAGCAAAGAGGUCGAUACGCUGAUCUCGCGCUUCGCAGCCGGGAUUCUGACUUUGACGGUCGUUUGCUUUCUCGCCACACUGAAUGCCCGGUGGUCGCACGUGUCGCCGUCCUUAGCUCUCAACUUCGCCUGCGAGCGCGCCAUGGCGAUCCUGGCAUCCGCUUGUCCAUGUGCGCUCGGUCUCGCUACUCCGACGGCUGUCAUCGCGGGCCUUGACGCAGCGCAGCAGCGUGGAGUGAUAGUUAAGCGCGGCUUCGAGACAUUGCAGGCGCUCUCGCGCUUGACGCACGUGGUGUUGGAUAAGACCGGUACGUUGACCACGGGGCAGCUCUCUGUGCCGGACGUUCAGGGGCGUCUUGAUGAGAUGCAGCGAAUGUUGUUGUGCAUUGCUGAGCGGGACGAUGCGGCAAACCAUCCGGUCGCUGGGGCUGUGUUCCGGUGGGCGUUCGCUGGGUUGUCAGAGGAGAAACGACGUUUGGUCCAUGAGGCAAAGGUGUGCAAGACGCUGAAUCAGGCUGGCAAUGGCGUGACCUGCUCGACCCAGCUUCAGCCAGCAGAUGAGUGGCAAACGGUGUAUGCUGGCAACGAAACAUUCCUCCAGCAGAACCACAUCUUGAUGCCAGAAUGUACAGCAAAAGCCUCCGCAGAGCCCGACUCCACGCUCGUGCACAUUGCAAUCAACAACGAGUACAUCGGCAGCCUACGCCUGCGCGACACCAUCCGCCCAUCCGCCCCCGCCGUAAUCUCCACCCUCAAACACACCCACAACCUCUCCCUAUCCAUGUUAACCGGCGACGUCUCCACCGAAGCCAACCGCGUCGCCCAGCACCUCCAAAUCCCCGUCCUCUCCAGCCACGCCCUUCCAACCGAAAAGCAAACCUUCGUCCGCGCCCUCCGCGCCCGCAGCUCGCACAACCGCGUAGCAAUGCUCGGCGACGGCCUCAACGACGCCCCCGCCCUCUCCGCCGCAGACGUCGGGAUCGCAUUGAACAGCACAUCAGCCCGCGCCGGCGUGGCGGAAGCGACGAAUGCGCAGACGGCGGAUGUCAUCUUCACGUCGCCCGAGCUGUCGCGGCUGCCGGAGCUGCUGGAGAUUGCGGAGAAGACGACGAGACAGGCGGGGUGGAAUUUGUGGUGGGCGGUGGGGUAUAACUUGAUCGCGGUGGGGUUGGCGAUGGGGGUGGCGGAGCCGGUGGUGGUUGUGGAUGCGGCGAGGGCGGGGACGAUGAUGGCAUUGUCGAGUGUAUCGGUGUUGGGGUGGAGUUUGUGGUUGAGGCGUGAUUUGUCUGGAAUAUCAUCUAAAGGGGCGAAGAGAGGGUAG